GUGUAGCCAUCUGCCUGUCACCAUGGCAACCAGCAGCGCGGUCCCUAGCGACAACCUCCCCACGUACAAGCUGGUGGUGGUGGGGGACGGAGGGGUGGGGAAGAGCGCUCUCACCAUCCAGUUCUUUCAGAAGAUCUUUGUGUCUGACUACGACCCCACCAUCGAGGACUCCUACCUGAAACACACAGAGAUAGACGGACAGUGGGCCAUCCUGGACGGUAGGGAGAUAUUUUCUCCUCUGUCUCUCAGGGUUAUGGGGGCUGGUCGUGUAUUAAUUCCGUUAAAAAUAUUAAUUAAACAUAUUGUAGCACAGUAUUCCCAAAUAGUUUCAACAGAUUUAGACCUUGUGAUUUACACCCAUAAUGUGCAUUUGUUUUUUAGCUAGAUUUUUUGCAAUUGAUAGCUUGUUGCUUUUUCAAUCAUUCAUAUGGAAACAAGCAAGAAGAUGAUUCCCCAAAAACAUAUAGUAAAACCUGUAACAUUGGUACUUCUAUGUGUGUUAUUACAGUGUCUGUGUGUUAUUACACAGUGUCUAUGUGUGUGUGUGUUAUUACACAGUGUCUGUGUAGGUUAUUAAACAGUGCUGUAACCAUGUGUAAAAGUAGAUUUCUUGAUGGUACGGGACCUCCUAUGUGUGCACGCCUCUGACAUGUGGUAAUGAUAAAUAAUGGUGUAAUAGCCUAAAGUUUUCUUGAUAUUUUGUUUUAAUUAUUGUGAUAGGCUCAUGUUUUACCUGUACAGCGUACCCACACAAUUUAUUUUGCCGGGACGCUGUACCGGACCGUACCACCUUACUUUCACCCCUGGCUGAGACACUGGUAUCCUCUAUGUGUGUAAUUGCACAGUGCUGGACACGGCAGGCCAAGAGGAGUUCAGUGCUAUGAGGGAGCAGUACAUGAGGACAGGGGAUGGCUUCCUCAUCGUGUUCUCUGUGACAGACAAGGCAAGCUUUGAACACGUGGACCGCUUCCACCAGCUCAUCCUCAGGGUGAAGGACAGGUGAGGCCCAGCUCUUGGUAUGAUGUGUGCCUUAUGGUUCAGACACAUACGUGGGACUGCUGCUACUGCACUUAGUGCCUCCGACUAGGUUGUCUGCCGUAAUGUUUUGUCUUCCCUCUAACGCUCUCACUGGUAAAGGGUUCAUCUAUACAGCAGACAGUCAUUCUGUUCUCUAUUGUAUCUCUUGUUCACGAAAAAUGACAACAAACAACUCCUUCCUCAGCCAAUGUUUCCAUCUCACUGGGCGCAGACGUCAGUUCAACGUCUAGUUUUGAUUUAGAUUUGGUUGAGUUAACUAAAGUUAAUUCAACGUGAAAUCAACAAAAAAUGUCAUGUCAGAUUUAGGUUCAAAGUUGGGCGACAAAAUGCCCUUAAGUUGAUGACUUUUUGCAAAUCCAAUCAGUUUUCCACGUUGAUUCAACGUCAUCACAUAGAUUCUUUGGAGGGGUUGAAGUGACGUGGAAACAGCGUUGAUUCAACCAAUUUUUGCCCAGUGGGAUUUCAGUCAGAUCGUCAGCUGUGUAGUGGUGUUACUGUACACAUGUUAUGUUGAAUAAGAUGCAUCUGUUCCUCAGUCCAUCAUCUUCAUUCUCUCCUUCAGGGAGGCCUUCCCCAUGGUGCUGGUGGCCAAUAAGGUGGACUUGGUUCACCUCCGCAAAAUCACUAGCGACCAGGGGCAGGAAAUGGCUGCCAAACACAACGUGAGUACAGUGUCACCUCCGACAAGGAGUUGGGCAGCGUUAUGGGACAGCUUGAUGUCUAAAUCCUUUGUUGUCAAUGUCUUGUUGGUGUAAUAAAGUGUCCAAAUUUAAUUAAUGUACUUUUGAUAGGGACUCCUGGAUAGUUUUUUCUGACUAGUUAUGGCCAAUAAUCUUUCAUGGUCAGGUUAAAUGGUCAGAAAAACCUUGUAGAAGUUCCUUUCCCCACUGGUAUUGUCUGUGACUGGGGUUGUUCUAUGGGCUGUGUGUGUUGCUAUACCUAGGAGAGAGGUUGUUGGGUGCAGGGCAGGCUGGGAGAGAGGUUGUUGGAUGCAGGGCAGGCUGGGAGAGAGGUUGUUGGGAUGCAGGGCAGGCUGGGAGAGAGGUUGUUGGAUGCAGGGCAGGCUGGGAGAGAGGUUGUUGGAUGCAGGGCAGGCUGGGAGAGAGGUUGUUGGAUGCAGGGCAGGCUGGGAGAGAGGUUGUUGGAUGCAGGGCAGGCUGGGAGAGAGGUUGUUGGAUGCAGGGCAGGCUGGGAGAGAAGUUGUUGGAUGCAGGGCAGGCUGGGAGGGAGGUUGUUGGGUGCAGGGCUGGCUGGGAGAGCGGUUGUUGGGUGGUGGGCAGGCUGGGAUGCAGACUCAGCGUUAGCUACAGGGUGUGAUUUAGGCAUCUGGGAGAGACAGCACACUGAGACAGCACACUGAGGCUCUGUGUUGGGGGAAAACACAAAUACUGCCAAGCUUGGCCUUAACCGUUUUAGAACCUGCUAUUUCAGAGGACACCACCAAGUGUGAGAAUGUGCAUAAAAGUAUUUGUUGGCAAAUAUAUGCUUAGUACAUUUUGUUUUUACUUGCAAAACUCACAUCCCUUAUUAUGGGGGUCUGGGCCUGAAAGACAGAAUUACUAUUGGUUGUCUAUACCUUGUGGCACUAGCUAAAUCUAAUCAAAUCCAAUUUUAUUUGUCACAAGCGCCGAAUACAACAGGUGUACAACCUUACCGUGAAAUGCUUACUGUCACGAGAAUUUCUAUCUCUAAUUCAACCUAAGCUUGAAUCAUUACCAGAGGUUGUAAGGCUCUGGUUUUAAUCAUAAAUGAUUCAAGGUCCACAACCAGCAAGAAUGAUCUGUAUUUUUAUUCAUGGAGAGCUCUGGCGCCAAAACCCAUACACUCCUGUUUUAUACCCCUUGACACACAAAGGCACUUUGCUCCGCCCACCUUUAGGAGGCUUUUUUUAAACCCGUUUUCUCAUUCCCCUCACCCUGGAAUGUUUAGUCCCGCCCCCCUCUGUUAGUGGGUUGCCACUACAUUAUAACUCUAACACCGUUCACACAUUUAUACUGUAUUUGGGGUGAAAUCCUUUAGUCAUUAUUCUUAAAAUACAAAUUAAUCUAACAAUCCACCCCUUUGACUAAAUGUUUUCACAUUCAGAAUAAAUGUAUUUUACAAGCAUGAUUAAUCUCAGAGAUUACGUCAGAACUAAUAAACAUUUCAUCCAAUUGCGGUCUUUCAGGGUCCAAAUCCUCGUCAUCCACCAAACCUGGAGGAUCGUUUUUCACAUUCCCCUGGUCAGAGUCCGGAGUCAGUCCAUCUCUCAUCAUUGAUUAGAUACUGCAUUUCACCAACGCCUGACUCACCAAUCCUCGGACACAGGGAACAAGACAACAACCACAUAAUACAAGAAUACCCAUAUAAACACUGACCGCUCCUAAGAUGGUGGCUGCUAUGGUUUUCCAUUUACCAAACAUUUCAUCAAACCACCCUAUCCACGAUGUACUAACUUCUGAGUUCUCAUUCUUCACUUAGUGCAGUUAAUUCUGUAAGAGCUCUGGUGACUGUCCCAUCCAGUGUGGUGUUGUUAGGGAUAAAUGUGCAACAAUGGCUUAUCAUUCUAUAGACACCGGCCCUUUCUGCCUGAUCUAAAACCAACCUCUACUAAGUUAUGAGCGGGAUGGCAGAUAAUUGCUCGAAGAUCCCCUUUACUGCAUCUCUAGUCUGGUUAAUAAAUCGUUGUUGGUUGUAAUAGAUAUAAUUUAUCCAAUCCACAUUCUUGUUUAUUGUCACCCACCAGAAAAAUGUUGUGGUAAAACCCUCCCAUAUUUGAUUCAUAGUUUGUAUUCGUCUGGAACACCCCUGGGGAUGCCUAUACCAUCUAUCCAAAUUGGGCUAUUUCCUUCCUGACCUAUAUUUCUCCUCCUCCUGAUUAUUCUUCUUGUCACUGGUCUUUGAUGAAAUUCUUACAGAUUUGGACCAACAAUACUGGUCCACAAGUACCCACCCAUCCUUCUGGUAAUGUCUGUCGAAUGCUCCCUUUGUUAGUACAUGCCCACCACACAUCAGUCAGAGGGAUGGUAAGGUUAUACUUUUCCCCUCCCUUCCUUAUCUAAAUCAGUCACAUUAAUUUUCUCCUUACAGCCAUCAAAAUCACCCAAGUUACGGGUGCCAUUUCUAUGUCUGCAACACUGGUAUUCGCCAGGAGUUAAAGUGAAUCUAGGUGGGCUGGCCGAGUAAGUCAACUUUGCCAGCCCAAUCCCUGUGCAAUUGGGCUCUUUUUGAUUGGACCCCAGGUCUAAUACACAGGGAAACAUUGCCUUUGGCAUUGGGGCGGUCAACAUUGUCGGUCGCCCAAUGGAGCAUACAUAACAAUUGGUCUCCCCCAAGGCCCUAGCGGUGUACUUCAUCCACUUCAACCAGAGAUUCUCAUCAGGGACCCCCUCCACUUCCCCUUGGUUCCAUUCUUGGAGGAGAAAAUCUUUCAUAGUGGACGGGUUAGUCGAAUUGACUCCGUCAUCCCUUGACUGAUCUACUCGGUCUAUUGCUAUUAAUGGAUUAAUGACAGUACCUGUGCCCUCCAUAUCUUUUGACUCCAUCAAAUGUAAUCUUAGACAAGUAUCCCGUCCGUAUUCGUCCGCGCAAGCCCAGUAAGUUAUUUUCAUGUCCUCUUUAGUGACCUUUACUAUUGUUACUACCAUCUCCGUGGAGAUGUCGUUAUACCUUCUUAUCCUCCAUCUGGACGUCCAGCCCCCCCCCCCCCCCCCCCCCCCCCGUCUCAUCUCUCCGUCCCCCAGUAUGUCUAAAUACCUGAGCCCAGGAACAAUCCGCCGAGGGAGCUGAACAUAAAUACAAUGGCAUCUUAUAAUCCCACGUUGCUUGCUUAUCCGUCCUGAUAAGAUCCCUAAUCCUAAUUUUGAAUCUUACUCCCCACCCUUCUCUGACUCCUAUUUUGUAGAUCACUCGUCCUUGACGGUCAGUAUGUCGGGUUGCUUCCCUUUUAUUUCUUAAUAAUGGUAAGGCCAUAGCGUAAUUGGUGCGAGGUGGUGGUGGAUCUUGACAUACCAAGACUAUUGCCGAGACUAUGAUGCAGCUCAGGGUCACCCAUAUUCCCCAAAAACCGCCAACCCUCUCCUGCCUUUAGUCCUUCUGCUUGGUACCACCCCAUACUCACACCCUAAGAACACACUACAGUGAUGAUAGGUCGGGGUAGGAGAUCUUCGUUAACAGAGGUGUUCCCCAGACCUUAUUGGGUCAGUUCUUCUCUCCAACUCUGUGUGUGUUUCAGUGGUGCUUGUAUGUGGUCUUACCCUCUUGCAGUGGGUAAAAUGGACCCAGGUUACUCUCUCUGCUAUUCUAAUGGCCAAGGCAGUGACCAAUAUAACCUGAUAGGGCCCUUCCCAACAGGCCUGCUUCCAGUUUUUCUUCUUUAGGGACUGGAUGCUCACCAGUCACCUGGUUAGAUAGAGUGGGUCACCUUCUCCUUUAGUUCACCUGUGGGGCACAAAACCUCUGACAUACGGGUGUGGUUAAUAAACUAUCGUCACACAUGUUCAGAUUAAUCUAACAAUUUCUGACUGCAUUCUCUUUCUAGACUGUAUCUAAAAAAAUGUUUUCUUUCUUUCUUUAAAAAAAAAAGUAUUUUGUCCUCUCCUUCGUAUAUUAUUUAAUCCUACCAUUAGCCUCUUCCCCCCUCUUGACACAUAGUUCUGCUCAUGUGUCAAUAUUACCACCUACCUAAACAAUCACUUAGGUAAUUUAUCAACCAAUUGCCAUGCCUUUCAUUUUUGAGACUGUCUUUUGCUUCUUUAUUGCUCCUCCCACUUCCUUUGUCUUAAUGGCGGCUAAAUUCGACUUUCAUUCAGUUCAGAAUCAAUUAGUAAUCCAAUCAAUCAAUCUCUUAUCUUGUAAAAACACUUAUGUUUAGUUCAAACUCUGUUCUACCCCGGCUCUCCCGGGCUUGACCUGAAGACUGAUUGUUGGACAUGACAAGUCCAUAUUUAAAUAUUUCAAACCUAACACAACCCCCCCCCCCUCCUGCUGUAAUCAAUCAAGAAGAUAGCAAAGGAGAGACAGGUUUUAGCCUGAACUCUGCUUAACCCUGGUGCCGCUCCCUUCACAAUGUUUGAAGAGAGACAAAAGACAGCCAUGGAUUGAAGUAAGAGCAAGCACUUCAACCCUAGGUCACCUAAGUCUUCUGCCUAGCAACAAAGAAUAAAAACCUCUAUGUUCGUGAUUAACCCAGUUAUAUCUAAUAGCCCACCAAAAAAAAACCCAUCAUCUUUAAAUCACGACCAAUGUCAUAUACCCUCUUUACUCUCUACCAUUUGGGUAACAUCCCUGAUAUAUGUAUGAAAAGCUAAGACUGUUUGGGAAGAGAGCAACAACAUAAACUGUUCUUCCUCCUCAGAGUUCCAAAUGAUUUUACCAUGGGCUGCCAUUGCCUUCCCAUAGAUAAGAUCACAAACCAUUCCAUCCCACAGCAUAGCAAACACCACCCAUGAACUGCUGAAAAUCCCCUAAAUUCAACAUAACAACCCUUUAUAAACAUCAUGCUGGGUGUGUUGUUUUUUAUUUGAAAAACCCAAUUGAAAAACAACAAUCAAAGAUAGCCAGGCUCAACUUAAUUUGGUAGCUCACUUUUAUGACCUAAAUACUGCCUAACUUCACUACUGCUCCCCCUCGCCCUGAGCAAUAUUCCAAUGAGAUAAGCUAAUCUCUUUCUCCUGGUUAUACAUUUUGUUAACCUUCAAUUACCAUCAGUAAUCUAAAGAUGGUAGUACACACAAAACAUGAUACAGAUAUCCCCAGUCCUAACCCAUCAAUAAUGUUUGUAUCAAUCUAAUUCCUCAUAACUAAUCCAUAAAACCACUCAAGAUUCCUAGAGUAUACAAUGAUUAUUUAAUUGAUUACCCUAAAUCUGCUACAUGUGAUCUCAUUUCAAAUGAUCCAUUAUCAAUUAUUUGAUCCACCCCCUAGGAAAAUCUCUCUCCCCUUCUAUUCUGGAGUUCUACCUCUACCAGCUAUUUCCCCUAGAGUGGCCAUUAAAUACUCUGCUCCCUUCUGUUCUUUUCUUACUCUAUCCUGUCUACUAUUCUGCUCAUGAUGGAUUGCAUAUCUCUUGACCUCGGCUAACGAUGUAGUUCCCCAUCCCACUAAAGUCCUCUUAAUAUUUCUGCUUAUUUCUGGUCUCAUUCCACUAAGGAAUGCUAUUUUUAGUUGCUGAUGGUACGGAGUAUCAUUUCCCUGCCCCUGGGAAGGCUCAGGUAUGCCACUUUUUGCGUUAAAUACAUUUCUCAGUCUCUCUAAGUAUUGGCUGAUGGUCUCACUGUCUUCCUGUUUACAUUCAUGUACUUUGGAGAAGUCUGCAUGUCGAUGGUAAUGUUCCCUCAAAUUAUUAUACAACUCAGUUAUUUUCCCCUUUAUCUCCCCAAUUUACUAUUCCUUUCCUCAUUGCAAGUUGUUGCAUUGAUGUUCUUAAAAUGUAAACCUAUUGUUUAAUAACUUCAUACUUAUAACCAAUGUUUUUUCAAUCCAUCAUCCUAAUAGUAAAAAUGAUAUCCCAUUGUUCACGUAACGAAACUAAAUUAUUAAUUUUUUAGAAUCCACCAUUUAUUUUCAUUCAAUAUAAUAAUAAUAUAAUAUAAUAUGCCAUUUGAAUUAAUCAAAGCACUUCUUUCAGUAAAGUCUUUAUACCUCUACUUGACAUUUUCCAGCUCAAUCUAACUGGCUGGACUGUCUCCAUUUUUUUUUUCCGCCAACCAGAGCCAUAAAUUAUUCUCCUUUGUCCUCAACUCAAUUUUCACAGCUCUAUCACCACUCCAGCUCGCCAUUCAAUCUCUUUAACCGUUCUCUCUGAUUCGGCCCCAAUCAAUAAAACAAAUACUUGAUAUCGUUGAUAAGCAUACACUUAAUGACAUUCCUACCAUCUGAACUAUGUACUGUCUCUCACCUCUCCCCCCCCCCCCCCCUCCUGCUCCUUCCUACAUUAUGGGGGAGGCGCGGGGACCUUCCCUACAAAUCUUCCUUCUUAGGAAAUAAUGUCAUUCGUAUUUGUAACAUAUUUUCAUAGACCUAUCUAGAAUACUACUAAAGCUAUCUAAUGCAACUUUUAAUACACGUAAAAACUCUCUCCCUACACCCAUUCCCCAUUGAAUAAGUGCGUCUUCCUAGUUACCCCCCAACCACGCCUCAAAUCUUCCAUUCAGCAUUAACCAACCAAAUACUAAGUAGUAUCCGGUUAUCAUUCAUACCAGCCGUUUGAAUUCCCUCAUACACACAGAUUUCACCUUAUGCCAUUCAAAUGCCCAACAAAACAUAAUAGUUCAAUGGAACCCUCUAUUGGCUCUCUACUAUUUAUACAUUACUUCUAUAACCACUUUAGUUAUGGUCCGAUUACCCAUUAAACCUUAUCACAUAACCUUAUCACCUAAUCAAACAACGGCACAACCUUAAACUCAUAUCGGCCGGCUGGUAGCCCAGUAACCAAGAGCACCGUGUCAGCAACCGAGAGGUCGCCGGCUCCAACUCCCGAGCCGACCAGGCGAAAAAUCUGCCGAUGUGCCCCCGAGCAAGGCACCCAACCCCCACCGCUCCUGCAAGUCGCUCCGGACCAGAGCGUCUGCCAAAUGACCAAAAAUGCAAAUGUAAAUAUUCUCUACUUUCUCACUCAUGACGUACGUCUACGUUUGGGUGAGAAAGUUCAUACGUAUAUAUCGUUGGAAUUUUAUAGGUACCUCUCAAAUAAUCGCUUCGUGGUGUUUUUAGCCAAUUCUUAAUCGACACGAAUCAUUUCUUCAAACAUUUUACCCGUUGAACCAAAAAAUGGACUGUCCUAUCUCCGACACUGCCCUUUCCUUUACCCCUGCAGUCACGAUGGUUAUGACCUGUUCUGUUACAGUAUUUACACGGGGCCUUACACUCCCUUGCCAAAUAUUCCUCUUUGUUACAGUUAAAGCACUUCCUCUCUCCUUCGCGCUUCAAAAAGACCCUCGCUGUCUCUAGCCCCUCCCCUCGCUGUCACGAUCGUCAUAAUGAGUAGACCAAGGCGCAGCGUGAUAUGCGUACAUCUUUUUAAUAGUGUACUGGCAACACGAUACAAAAUACAAAACAACCAAACGAAACGUGAAGUCCUCGGUUAACAACACAAACCAACACGGAACAAGAUCCCACAAAACACAAGUGCACAACAGGCUGCCUAAGUAUGGUUCCCAAUCAGAGACAACAAGCAACAGCUGAUUCUCGCUGCCUCUGAUUGACUGCGACCGCGCCAACAUAAACCCAACAGGGGAGGGGCCUGGGUGGGCAUUCCGCCUCGGAGGCGGAUCCGGCUCCGGGCGUGACCACCACCCUCUAACAACCCCCCCGUAGCGCCCCUGGUCUGGUCUGGCCCCGCUGGCUGGAGCUGGACUGGACAUCGUUGGAGCGGAUUGCUUAGGCUCCGGUGUGGAGCAGCUGACCGGUACCUGACCAGGCACCGGUGAAACAGGCACGGGCUGUGCCGGACUGACGACGCGCACCACAGCCUUGGUGCGGGGAUCAGGGAGGGGCCGGACCGGGCUGGCGACACGCACCACAGGCUUGGUGCGAGGGAGCAGGAACGGCCGGACCGGGCUGGACGUCGCGCACCACUGGCUUGGUGCGGGGAGCAGGAACAGGCCGGACCGGGCUGGACGUCGCGCACCACUGGCUUGGUGCGGGGAGGAGGAACGGGGCCCGGGCCGGGCUGCGAUGGCACCAGGCUUGGUGCGGGGAGCAGGAACAGGCGGGCCGGGGCCCGGCUAUGCGCAACCAUUGGGCUUGGUUGGGGGGGGCAGGAACAGGCCGGGGCCGGGCUGGCGACGCACCAUGGCUUGGGGCGAGGGGGAGGAACAGGCCGGGCCGGGCUGGCACGCGCACCAUUGGUUGGUGCGGGGAGCAGGAACAGGCCGGCCGGCUGGCGACGCGCACCAUUGGCUUGGUGCGGGGGCAGGAAAAAGGCCGGCCGGCUGGCGACGCCACCAUAGGCUUGGGGGGGCGGGGAAGGAACAGGCCGGGCCGGGGGGGUGGCGACCGCACCAUUGGCUUGGUGGAGGGGCAGGAACGGGCCGGGCCGGCGACAACGCCCCCAUUGGCUUGGUGCGGGGAGCGGGAAACGGGCCGGCCGGGCUGACACGCGCCCCUUUUGGCUUGGGCGGGGGGCAAACAGGGGGGCCGGGGUGGCGCCCACCCACAGGUUUGGUGGGGGAGCGGGACGGGCCGGACCGGGCUGGCGACACCCCACAGGCUUGGUCGGGACGGACGGCCGGCCGGGCGGGCGACGCGCCCAAAGGGUUUGGGUGGGGGAGCAGGAACAGCCGGGGGCCCGGGCGGCCGCGCCCCAUUGGUUUGGGUGCGAGGGGCGAACGGCCGGCCGGGGCCGGGGCGGGCGACGCCAACUUUGGUUGGUGCGGGGGGCAGGAACCGGCCGGGCCCGGGCUGGCGACGCGCCCAUUGGCUUGGGUGCGGGGGGCAGGAACGGGCCCGGGGCCGGGCUGGCGACGCGCACCUUUGGGCUUGGUGCGAGGGGCGGGAAAGGCCGGCCGGGGCUGGCGACCGCAUCACAGGCUUGGGUGGAGGGACAAACAACCGACCGUACUGGGAACAACACCAUGGCCUUGUGGGGGAUCAGGAACGGGCCGGACCGACUGGUAACACACCUCAGUACCUCUCGCCGUGCCUCUACACUCUCCUUCCCUCUAACGACCAAUGGCCCCCGUAACCUGGUGGCCUUCUCUCCUCGUCCACAAACUCGCCCUGUAUCUGCCUCCAGCAGCCCCGUCGUCCAUGCCGUGUGCCCCCCCCAAAACAUUUAUUGGGGGUGCCUCUCGUCUGUCCGACGACGACACUGUUGGCGCCGUACCUCCUCUCUCGCCAGGGCUUUAACUUUAGCCCAUGGCCCUUUACCCGCGAACAUGUCCUCCCAGGACCACCAUUGGCCCACCUGGGCCAUCGCCAACCUCUCCAGCUCCUUACCCGGCGUUUGCUCCUGGAAACGCUGCUUGGUCCUGUUUUGGUGGGAUCUUCUGUCACGAUCGUCAUAAUGAGUAGACCAAGGCGCAGCGUGAUAUGCGUACAUCUUUUUAAUAGUGUACUGGCAACACGAUACAAAAUACAAAACAACCAAACGAAACGUGAAGUCCUCAGUUAACAACACAAACCAACACGGAACAAGAUCCCACAAAACACAAGUGCACAACAGGCUGCCUAAGUAUGGUUCCCAAUCAGAGACAACAAGCAACAGCUGAUUCUCGUUGCCUCUGAUUGAGAACCACCCCGGCCAACCUAGAAAACACACGAACUAGAAACUGAACAUAGAACACAAAACAUAGACCCUACACACCCUGGCUCAACAUAUAAGAGUCCCCAGAGCCAGGGCGUGACACUCGCUGUUUUUUCAAAUCCGUUCCACAGUUUACAUGCAUCUUCUUAAUCAUAACUUCUAACUUUUCCACAUCGAGAUGCCCAAUAAAUCCAUACCUCUUCUCCCAAAUGGAUCCAUAAAACAUAUUUCUUCGAUCUCUUCCUAACAUAUAUCUUUCAUCCCCCGUUAAUUCUCGGACCUCUUUAGAAUAUUUAUUUCCCAUGGUGGAAAAAUAAGAAAUCCCCCCGUUUAGUAAUAAUUCAUUCCAGAAUUAUUUUCCUAGGAGUUAUUAUUAAAUGCGUCUCUUGAGCCAAUGUUAUGAUCUGCUUUUGUAAUUAACCAUUUAAAUUAUCUAACCCGUAACCCAGAGUUUUUUUUAAAACUCCGGUUUCAUGAAAAGGGUCAGAUAACCAUUUUUUCUCACGCGAUCUAAUUCAGUCCCUCCUUGAAACAAUGAUCACGUAUUUCGAUGGAUCAUCAAGUCUCACACGUAUACAACAUUAUACGAUCAUUUGCUAACACUAUCCGUAACCUAGAGGUCGUAACUGCUCCAGUUUCAUGAAACAGACAGAGUUACAGCAAAUCCCCAGUUGUUUAUGCGACUUUUGACCUGUUUAAUGUAUCUAUCGCACACGACGAAAAUUAUCCCCCUUCCUGUUUAUAUUGUAACACUGUACCCCGUACAAUCUCAAUAUUAACUAGUUUAUUUUGGUGAUGGCCAUUCACCUUGAGUCAUUUCAGACCCCCUCCCUUUUAAUUAUCUUAUGAGAUUUUGGUAACUAUUCUCUGCCCUCCACAAGAAUUACUAUUCUCAUACAAGUUCAAAUCAUUUCACCAAAAUCCAUGAAUAAAAAUUACUGACCUUUUCCUUGCAGUUUGGAUUUAAAUGCUUUUUCAAACUCGUUAACGUCUUUAUCGUUCAUAAGAGUAAUCACCGGCCUGUUUAUAACCUUAAUGUCGAAGGCCAGGACUAUUCUCCACGGAUGCAAUCACCCGCCCGUGCACGGUUUCGGUGUCCUUAGAACGACAAAGACGUAUUUAAGCUCUGCUCGAAGGACCACUUGUCACGAGAAUUUCUAUCUCUAAUUCAACCUAAGCUUGAAUCAUUACCAGAGGUUGUAAGGCUCUGGUUUUAAUCAUAAAUGAUUCAAAGUCCACAACCAGCAAGAAUUAUCUGUAUUUUUAUUCAUGGAGAGCUCUGGCGCCAAAACCCAUACACUCCUGUUUUAUACCCCUUGACACACAAAGGCACUUUGCUCCGCCCACCUUUAGGAGGCUUUUUUUAACCCGUUUUCUCAGUCCCCUUCACCCUGGAAUGUUUAGUCCCGCCCCCCUCUGUUAGUGGGUUGCCACUACAUUAUAACUCUAACACCGUUCACACAUUUAUACUGUUUUUGGGGUGAAAUCCUUUAGUCAUUAUUCUUAAAAUACAAAUUAAUCUAACACUUACUGACAAGCCCUUAACCAACAAUGCAGUUUUAAGAAAGAAAGAGUUAAGAAAAUAUUUACUUAAUAAACUAAAGUAAAACUAUUACAAAGUAGCAAUAAAAUAACAAUAAUGAGGCUAUAUACAGGGGGUACCGGUACUGAGUCAAUGUGUGGGGGUACAGGUUAGUCGAGGUAAUUGAGGUAAUAUGUACAUGUAGGUAGGGGUAAAGUGACUAUGCAUAGAUAGUAAACGGUGAGUAGCAGCAGCAUAAAAAAGGGGAGGGUCAAUGCAAAUAGUCUGGGUAGCCAUUUGAUUAGCUGUUCAGCAGUCUUAUGGCUUGGGGGUAAAAGCUGUUAAGCCUUUUUGACCUAGACUUGGCGCUCCGGUACCGCUUGCUGUCCGGUAGCAGAGAGAACAGUCUAUGACUAGGGUGGCUAGAGUCUUUUGACAAUAUGUAGGGCCUUCCUCUGACACCGCCUGGUAUAGUGGUCAUGGAUGGCAGGAAGCUUGGCCCCAGUGAUGUACUGGGCCGUACGCACUACCCUCUGUAGUGCCUUGCGGUCGGAGGCCGAGCAGUUGCCAUACCAGGCGGUGAUGCAACCAGUCAGGAUGCUCUUGAUGGUGCAGCUGUAGAACUUUUCAAACCAGAGACUAUCCUGAUGUUUACGUGUGUACUGUGUUGUCUUUCCUGGCCUCUAUCCUUGUUUGAUCAAUGUGUUUUUUCUUUACAGAUUACAUACAUUGAGACAAGCGCCAAGGAUCCUCCUAUGAAUGUGGACAAGGCGUUCCAUGGACUAGUCAGGGUUAUAAGGUAGGUCAAACUUCUAGAUGGGAUACUCACUGACUAGAUGGGAUACUCACUGACUAGAUGGGAUACUCACUGACUUGCAGGUUAUAUUUAAGAAUGAUGAAUUAAGAAUUUAUAGAACAUAUUAUUGGAUUAAAUUGAUUUUAGAAAAUUGAUGCUUUUGGUUUCUCUUUGCAAACUAUAUGUUUGACAUGAAUGCCAUAAAAAGUAUGUUAAAAGGAUGGGGAAAAAACUGUAGCUAUUUCCUGAAUGAACAGAUGUGUAAUUUCAGAGGAAUCCAGUAUGUGUUGAUGUUCAGUGUGGUCAUAUCCUGCUGGAGGGCCCACUCAACUGUUUGUCAAGCAUUUAGAGGAGUAACACAGAGGCCCUCUAGCCUAGCUGCUUAGAUAGCUAGGCCAUCUGAUUUUAACCCUAAUCUCCAUCUCUUUCUUCUCUUGUUUUCUCCUGUACAUACCCUCAUUUUCUUUUCUUUUCUCUCCCCCCCGCUCUCUCUCUCUCUUUCUCUCUUUCUCUCUCUUUCUCUCUCUCUCUCUCUUUCUCUCUCAUCGUCCUCACCCCAUCCGUCUCCCUAUCCGUCCUCAUCCCAUCCCGUCCUCCAUCCCCCUAUCCCCUCCAUCCCCCUAUCCCUUCCUCCAUCCCCCUAUCCCGUCCUCCACCCCCUAUCCCGUCCUCCUCCCCCUAUCCCUUCCUCCAUCCCCCUAUCCCGUCCUCCAUCCCACCAUCUCCCUCCACCCGUCCUCCAUCCCCUCAUCCCCCGAUCCCCCCACCCCCCUAUCCCUUCCUCCAUCCACCCUAUCCGUUCCUCCAUCCCCCAUCCCCUCCAUCCAUCCCCGAUCCUCUCCAUCCCCUAUCCCUCCUCCAUCCCCCAUCCUUCCUCCAUCCCCCUAUCCCGUCCUCCCAUCCCCCUAUCCCGUCCCCCACCCCCCCCCCUAUCCCUUCCUCAUCCCAUCCCCCUAUCCCGUCCUCCAUCCCCUAUCCCGUCCUCCAUCCCCCAUCCCCCUAUCCCUCCUCAUCCCCUAUCCCCUCCCCCUCCAUCCCCAUUCCCUUCCUCCAUCCCCCUAUCUCCCUCCUCCACUCCCCCUCCAUCUCCCUAUCCCGUCCUCCAUCCCUAUCCGUCUCCAUCCCCCCCCAACCUCAUCCCCUAUCCCGCUCAUCCCCAUCCCCCUAUCCCGUCCUCCAUCCCCCUCCUCCAUCCCCCACCCGUCCCUCCCCUAUCCGUCCUCCAUCCCCAUCCCCUUCCCGUCCUCCACCCCCAUUUCCUCCCCAUCCCUAUCCGUCCUCCAUCCCACCCCCAUCCCGUCCCCUCCCCAUCCCGUCCUCCAUCCCCCAUCCCCCUAUCCCUUCCUCCAUCCCCUAUCCCGCCUCCAUCCCCCUAUUACCCCUCCAUCCCCCCCCCCCCUCCUCCAUCCCCCUAUCCCUUCCUCCAUCCCCCUCCAUCCCGUCCUCCAUCCCCCAUCCCCCUAUCCCGUCCUCCACCCCCCUAUCCCUUCCUCCAUCCUCCUAUCCUUUUGCAGGCAGCAGAUCCCAGAGAGGAGCCUGAAGAAGAAGAAGAAGCUGAAGUGGCGAGGAGAACGCUCUACGGGUUCUCACAAAGUCCACUGUGUCAUCUUG